AUGUCUGCUGAUAAUAUAGAAAAGUUAUACCAGAACUACGGAAUACUAGCAGAUGCUAAGGAUGACAUCUCAAAGCAUGAAAAAGAAUAUUUAGAGAUAUUGGCAGCAGUCAAAGGAUCCGACAAAGAGAAACGGUUGGCGUCCCAAUUUAUUGCAAAAUUCUACACAAGUUUCCCUAAUCUAGCAGAUCAAGCGAUAGAAGCUCAGUUUGAUUUGUGUGAAGAUGAUGACGUGGCCAUUCGUAAACAAGCAAUCAAAGCCCUGCCCACUAUGUGCAACAAUAAUAAAGACCACACUACACGGAUAUCUGACAUACUCGCUCAACUCCUGCAGUCAGAAGAUGCUACAGAAAUUAACGUAGUAACUAAUUCUCUAGUCACUAUCCUUAAAAGCGAUCCCAAAGGAACUCUCACAGGUCUUUUCUCACAAAUACAUCAAAGUACAGACAGCGAAGUCCCUAACGAAGUUGUUAGAGAGAGAUGUAUAAAGUUUUUAGCGACUAAAGUUAAACAGCUCGGUCGGGAAAUCAUCGAUAAGGAGUGCGAGGAACUGAUCAUUGUUGAAGGAAAGAAAUUAUUGCAGGAUUCUGUUGCUGAGGAGUUUGAGCACAUCAUGGAAUUGCUUACAUGGACAAAAAUUGGUAAAACUCCAGCGGGAAGGAAAGAAUUGACCGAACUGAUAUUGGCAUUAGCCUUCACACCAGGCGACUGGCAUCCCGAGGAUCCCGAGUAUAUAGACAGACUCAUUCAAUGCACCCAACAUGCAUUACCUUUAUUUACCGCUCAAGUAGACUCCACACAGUAUGUCAAUGUGUUUUGUGAUAAUGUACUAGCACAAUGGAAUGAUUUAGCUACAACCGGCAGUCCCGAUAUCAAAUUGGAGAUAUUAAAAACAUUUGCCGAGCUCACAGAACACUGUGGUGAGCUUGAGAAUGCGGCACAGAAAAUUAAUAUAGUUUAUGACGUAUUAAUGAAAUACCUACCAGAGGCACCGAUAGAAAAUGAAAAGGAUGAUGUUAAAGAGGCUAAAACAGAAGAAGAAUCCAAAUCUGAUGAGUCCAAGUCAGCUCCUUCAUUGCAGUUUUCACAUGUUGAAUGUGCGCUAUUUGCAUUACACUCCUUGUGUAGGAAAUCACCGGAAGCUUUAAGUGCUGAUGCUGCAAGACUGAAACCAUUACGUCUAAGACUUCAAUACACAGCCAGAUUAACACAAGGAUAUAUCAAAAAGUUAAAGGAAGUUACUCAGGGUAAAAAGGGAGAUGAUGCCAAUACAGAAGAAAACAAAUUGAAAGUAGCAGCUUUAAUGACUACAUCAAAUAUAAACACACUAAUACGAGACAUAUUCCGAACACCACCUAGCUUUAAGAGCAAAGUUCAACUUUCAUUUCAAACUAAGAAAGCUGAAAAAGAGGAUAAUCAGCCAGCUGUAAUACAUGAAAGGGAAAAAGAGUCGUCAUCUAAUAAACGACACAGACCAAUAACUUUUGAUAAUGGUGAAAAAAAGGAAUCUCCGGAGAAAAAAUCAAGAAGUGGUGAUGGGAACAUCAAAAUGUAUACACCACCGUCUGGCAAAUAUAGUUCGAGACUUAGCAACUCCGGACGAUUCACUGGUUCAAACCAAAGGGGCAGGGGUUAUGGCAGGCGCGAUUUUAGGAAUAACGCGCCAUAUAGAAGACGGAAUAACUAUUAA